AGAUUUUGGCCUUUUAUGUUGCGUUCGAGAACCGGGCGCAAAAUUCAUAAUGUUACAGUUGGAAAGGCAGUAUUUCAUGCCUUUUCGAAUCCAGAAGUGAAAAUGCAAUUUGAUGUAGCAAAAUAUGGUUCUAAAGGAUUCAGCCCAGGUACCUAAGCAGGAAAUUCAACCCUCGUCUCGGUCACAAGACCUGGGUGAGGACGAUAACGCACUGAAAGAUCAAGUGGCAAAGCCACUUUUUCCAGGAAGCAACCAACUGAAACACAUUAUCUCUGGAGGGAUUGCUGGUGCAGUAUCCAGAACAUGCGUCUCACCGUUAGAAAGAGUGAAAAUACUUCUGCAGAUUCAGGUCAGGAAUCCAAAAUUUUCAGGAGUUGGUGCAACUUUGAUCAAGAUAGGCAAAGAAGAAGGAUUAAGAGGUUAUUUCAAGGGGAAUGGUACAAACGUACUGAGAAUAAUUCCAUACUCUGCAGUACAGUUUGCUGCUUAUGAAGAGUUCAAGAAGCUCCUAAAGAUCUCAGAAGAUCUUCAGACUCAGACUCCAGUGAGAAGGCUUGUGGCUGGAGGAUUAGCUGGAACAACAUCUGUCAUUGCUACAUAUCCACUUGAUCUUGUGAGGACAAGAUUAGCAGCCCAAGGUAAUGGGGCAGAAAGAAGAUACAGAAAUAUUUCCCAUGCUUUCCAAACAAUUUUGAAAGAUGAAGGAGGGCUUUUCAGUGGUUGUCUUUACAAAGGACUGCCGCCCACUGUAAUGGUAUGUUUAACUACAGUUGUUGAACCCUUAUUAAGCUGUCAUCCUUGGCAAAGUGUGAGGUUGCUGCUUAAAAGGGGUUGGUCUCUUUAGAGGGGUUCAUCUGGUAUUGCCACGAGACUUAAUAACAAUGUCAAUUUAUUCAAAUACAGACGUGCUUGAAGGCUUGUGGUUGUUGCACAUAAUAAAGUCUAAUGGACAUGGAAUCACGUCAAAACAAUCAUGAUAAUAAAAAUUUGUGUUCGACAGUUUUCGUCAGUUGUCAAUUUCAAUUUCAGACUCGUCACCUUUUCCAAAACAAAGACAAACUACCUGUAUUAUAGUUUGGGUGCCUCUUUAUAGGGGUAAGGAGAAAAAAAAACUCAUUGCGAUGACCAAAAGGUGGCCAGUUAGUAGGGGUUUAUUUGCAGUAUUUUAAUCUCAGUACUGACGGAUAACCGGCCACUUAAAAAUAUUAAGGGGUGGCCACCAAAAUGACAGAGUUACAUCCAGUAAACCUACAUUUUUUCCCAAAUAGUGAACCAAAACCUCAUCCUCCUACCAAAGACACUUUUUUAAGAGUGUCCACUUCCCUCAAGUGACUAAAAGACCAACAAAGCGAGAAUACAAGAAUAAAAAAACGUUUUUUUAACGUUACUUUAGAUUCCCUCAAAAGGAGAGAAGGAGAACUUCUCUGCUCUUGACUGAGUAAAACAUAAGUUCAAAGGAAGUGCUUUCGAAAGCCAUUUAUAUCUGACAUCAAAAUGAACGCAGUUCUUCACAUGAAACAACAAAAAUGAACACCAUUACUAAUAAAUACCUCUGUCGUAAGACCCCGGACUGGAGUUAUACUGUAGAAUUCAAGUGUGCAAUUCUGAUUGGGGACAAAAAAGAGAAAAAAACGUGGAAG